GCAACUUGUGCGCAAUGGGCACCAGCAACCGUCGUCCAGGCCUUGAGCGGUCUCAAGUUGGGCAUGCACAUUUCUCAGAUCUUCCAUUUUUUUUUCUGAUUUUCUUAUAAUCCUUUUCCUCGAUUUUAAAUUUUUUUUCCAAUUUGUUUAUCAGUUUACGGUGCUCUGCGCCUCUGCCACGAACAACUGCCCACAAGUCCACAACAGAAAGGCUGACACCAUCGCGCCGUCCGUACUCCAACCACAGCACAAGGAGCAGAGCUUUGUCCCCUCUCGCGAGGACAAAAUCACGGCACCCGGUGAGAUAGUAGUAGUAGACUUGGCGUUCGGUGCUCUGUUCCUAGGACUAGGCUGGGCGCGUCCCCAUGGCCGAGGAGGACAACCUGGCGCUCUCUGUCGUCUGCGAGCGCUCGCCGGGGACGGCCGUGGAGGCGGCGUCCGGGCGGCCGCCGAAGGCCGGCAGCGAGCGCGCGCGCCGGCAGACCAUGUCCAGGCUCUACGACGAGCUGGGCGCGCUGCUCCCCAACCUCCCCCCGCGGGCGUCGACGACGCGGAUCGUGGAGGAGGCCAUCGCGUGCGUGGGGGAGCUGCGGGCGAGGACGGCGGAGCUCGAGGCGUACAGCGCGGUGGCGGCGGCGGCCGGGCGGGCCGCGCGCGACGGACCAGCCGAGGUGGUCGCGUCCGGGAAGACGUCGUGCUUCGCCGUCCGGCUGCGGGCGGCCCGCGCCCGGCCGGGGGCGCUGACGCGCGUGCUCGAGGUGUUCCAGCGCCACGGCGUGGCCGUCCUCGCGGCCACCGUGGCGCGCGACGGCGAGGAGACGGCGGUCACGGUCACCACGGCGGCGGUGGCGCCCCGGGUCCUGGAGACGAUCAAGGCGGAGAUCAUCUGCGCCGCAUGAUCUGUUUGAUUUGCACAGUUGCACCUGGAUAUAUAUAUAUCUUCGUUUAGGCCCCUCUUUUAACUUUUUGGUAGACAAUUUUGGGUGCAUGAAAACAAUACAAGAUGAACAGAAAAGGAGCUUUGGUUAACUUAGUUGCACACUUGCAAUUUCUUGUUCAAAGAAAAUUUUACGGAUUUACCUUUUGUUUUGUUAUUUUGUUUUCACUUUUAUAUGGGGAAAACAUCUUAGAAAUGUUACGCGAUGACUAUGUUGCAUAUGCCAAAUUAGCUGGCUGGAGAAAAUAUACAAUUGUUUCAACUAAAUAAAUAUUG